CGGGGCUGCUCGGGCUCCCCUGUUGGUUCCAUAACAACAUCCAGUCGGCUUCCCUCAGGCGGCGGGACCUGCGCGGCCGCCGCCUCCCCGGAGCCUCCCUCGGCGCAGGCCGCCAUGGCGACCAACCCGCAGCCGCAGCCGCCGCCCCCGGCGCCGCCGCCGCCGCCGCCUCAGCCGCAGCCGCCCCCGCCGCCGCCGGGCCCGGGCACUGGCCCCGGCACGGGCGGGCCGGGCGGCGCGGGAGCCGGAGCCGGGGAUCCGCAGCUCGUGGCGAUGAUCGUGAACCACCUCAAGAGUCAGGGGCUCUUCGACCAGUUCCGCAGGGACUGCCUGGCCGACGUGGACACCAAGCCAGCCUAUCAGAAUCUGAGACAGCGUGUAGACAACUUUGUUGCAAACCACUUGGCAACUCAUACCUGGAGUCCUCAUCUCAACAAGAAUCAACUAAGAAACAAUAUUAGACAACAAGUCCUCAAAUCAGGAAUGUUGGAAUCUGGUAUCGACCGAAUUAUUUCUCAGGUUGUGGAUCCAAAGAUCAACCACACAUUCAGACCUCAGGUAGAGAAAGCUGUGCAUGAGUUUUUGGCCACACUAAAUCACAGAGAGGAAGCUAGUGGCAGCACUGUGCCUGAUGAAGAGAAACCAGACUCUUCCAUCGUUGUACAAGGCAUCCCUGCUCCUGGGCCCAGUGUUAAUGUAGCCAAGGAUGCUAUGUCAAUCUUGGAAACCAUCACUUCUCUUAACCAAGAAGCUAAUGCUGCCAGGGCUUCAACAGAAACAUCAAGUGCCAAGACAGGUGAGAGAGCUUCAAAAAGAGUGCCAUCUCAACCAGGCACGGAUACCAGCACGGACAGAGAGAGGACUUCAGAGGAUAUCACUGAUAAAGAAAAAUGUACUCCCGAUGCUGGAGCAGAUGGGCUGGAAGCAACCUCCAAGUCCGAAGAGUUCAGUGAUCUCCCUUGUCCAGUUGAAGAAAUUAAGAAUCACAUAAAGGAAAAUAAUGGCUUACUUCUGCCAAAUAAGGACAUUCAGCAGGAAAGCAGUGACCAAAAGAACAAAUCAAUGGACAAGGGUGAAAAGAAGCCAGAGCCCAGUGAAAAAGGAGAAAGAAAGAAAGAAAAGAAGGAAAAGAUGGAAAAGAAAUGUGAUUACUCAAAGAGAAGUGAAGAUACACAAAAGGGAAAAGAUGAAAAGCAAAUAAAGGAUAAAGAAGUGGAGAGUACAAAACUUCCUUUGGAAAAGAACAAUAAUAAAACUAAAUCUGUUGAAGGGACAAAAGAAGAGUGCUCCUUGAUCGAUUCGGAUGUGGAUGGUCUCACAGACAUCACCGUUAGCUCCGUCCACACCAGUGAUCUCUCGUCUUUUGAAGAAGACACUGAGGAAGAAGUUGUGAUGUCUGAUAGCAUGGAAGAAGGGGAAAUUACAUCAGAUGACGAAGAAAACAAACAGAAUAAAACAAAAACUCAAAUUUCUGAGUCCAAUGAAGGAAAAGCAAAGAGUAUACGGCAUGCCUAUGUUCACAAACCAUAUCUUUACUCAAAGUAUUACAGUGAUUCUGACGAUGAACUUACUGUAGAACAGCGGCGACAGUCCAUUGCUAAAGAAAAAGAAGAGAGGCUUUUAAGAAGGCAAAUUAAUAGAGAGAAGCUUGAAGAAAAACGAAAACAGAAAGCAGAAAAGACGAAGUCUUCCAAAGCUAAGAGUCAAGGCGAAAGCAGCAUGGAAUUAGAAGACUCAACAACAAAAAGUUUGGAACCUAAAGUUCCCAGAAUUAAAGAAGUACUUAAAGAACGGAAAGUUUUAGAGAAAAAAGUAGCCUUAAGCAAAAAAAGAAGAAAAGAUUCAAGAAAUAUGGAAGAGAAUUCCAAAAAGAAACAACAGUCCGAAGAAGAUUCCAAAGAAACCCUCAAAACAAGUGAGCAUUGUGAAAAGGAUAAGGCGUCUUCUUCAAAGGAGCCCAAGCAUGCUCACGCAAAAAGCGAACCAAGCAAACCUGCGCGGAGACUCUCAGAAUGCUUACACUCAGCCGAUGACAGCAAAAGUGAAUCUAAAGUGGAGAAGGAACAUAAGAGACGCACGUCCACGCCUGUCGUGUUGGAAGGGAUGCAGGAAGACAGUGACUCGAGAGAGGGGAAGAGGCAAGGAGAGCGAGCAGAAAGUGUCCCUGACGACCUCCAGCGGCAGAAAAGCAUACUUAAACAUGAAAAGCAUGUAAAGAAAGAUGAUUCUGAAACAUUACAUUUGAAAAGCCUACCUAAGAAGGAUGUGAAAUCCUCCAAGGAGAAGCCUGAAAAAGAGAAAACUUUAGCAGAAGACAAAAUGUCUGCCAAACAUAAAUAUAAAGGCGAUGGUGUGCAUAAAACAGGUGACGAAGCUGAGCUUCAAUCUGAGAAAGGCGGAAAAUUGGAGGAGACUAUACAGAAGCAAAGUCAGCAACCAAAGCUGCUCUCAGAGGAGAAAAGCGAAAGAAAAGGCAAACAUAGGAAUGAAAGGAAAUUGUCAAUUUUAGGCAAAGAUGGGAAGCCAGUUUCUGAGUAUCUUAUAAAAACAGAUGAGAAUGUGCGUAAAGAAAGCAACAAAAAAGAGAGAAACACAUCAGCUGAAAAAACUAAGGCAGAACACAGGUCAAGAAGGUCAAGUGAUUCUAAAAUUCAUAAAGAUUCUCUCAGCUCUAAACAGCAUGGUGUCGCCUUACAGAGACGAAGUGAAAGUUACUCAGAAGACAAGUGUGACGCAGACUCUGUUCAUGUAGACAGUAAUUUAAAACCGGAAGACGUCCUCAAGGAGAAGCGAAGGACAAAGAGCUUCUUGGAUGAAAAACUUGGGUUAAAAUCUAAAUCGAAAAGUCAAGGCAAACAGUUAAAAGUUGUUGAGGCAGAAUUACAGGAAAGCACUGCAAAACAGUCCACCCCUUCCAAACCAGAUAAAGAGAAGAACACAGAAGAAAAUGAGCCAGAAAGACCACGGAAGUCGAAAGUUGAAGACAAAACUGUAGAAGAAACUGUUGUUGAAGCUGCGUUAGAGAGUGCUGCUUCUGCAGCACAUACCACACAGAAAGAUCCUAGCCACAGAGCCAAGUUAGCUUCGGCAAAGGAGAAGUAUAAGGGUGAUAAAGAUUCGAGUUCAUCGAGACUGGAGAGAAAGUUGUCAGAUGGGCACAGAAACAGAAGCUUAAAGCAUAGAAGUAAAGAUGUGAAAAAAAAGGAGGAAGGUAAAUCAGACGACAAGGAUGGUAAUCAUGGAAAGAGCAGAGGAAAUAGUUCAGCCAUAGAAAAGAAAUUAAGUAAAAGGCUGUCUGAAAAUCGAAGAGGAAGCUUGUCACAAGAAAUGACCAGAGGAGAAGAAAAAUUAGCAAACACUCCCAGUACUCCUGGUAUUGCUUCCCUCCAGAGACCAAAAAAAAGUAGUGAUAGCGCAUUGAUCCCUGAACGAGAGCCAAUGGACAUUGAUUCUGAGCCAGCUGUUGAAAACAUAGUUGACAUUUCUAAAACCCAAAACAAUACCAAUAAUGGUUCUCAAACAGACAUUGACUCUGAAAAUGUUGUGAAACAAAAACUUACUGCCACAGUUCUAAAGGAUGAACUAAGAACUUCAACAGUAGAUUCAAAAACAGCAGCUCCAUCCUGCAAACCAGGGCGUGGAACCGGAGUGGGUUAUUCUGAAAAACAUGCUGAUCAUAAAAGUACCCUGACCAAGAAAGCACAGAUCCAAAAUGCUGUGUCCAAACCAAACCCCGGAGAGAAAGAACCUAUUCCACAGGGAACUUGUGAAAUGAUUGUGGACUGUGAAGCUAGUCACCGAAUGCUAGCUAACACCCUGUCAGAAAAUGACAGGACACAAAAGAUUUUGAAAAGCACAACCACAACCAAGCCCACUGAAGAAUGUGUUGCUCUCGAACAUUCCAUGAAUGUAGGCCCUUCACUGUCCUUAAGUUCAGGAACUCCUGUACCUCAGAGAGAAGCCAGUGAUUCAGCUGUGACUCCUGUCGUUGACAAAAGAACUGUUUUAGAACUUGGCACAGGCAGCACCUUGCUUGUGCAACACUUGACUGUUCCUAACCAAAUGUUGAUCGUUAAGGAAUCAGAAGUUUCUCGAACAAGUAACAACAAAGAAGGUGGUGAAUGUCCCACAGUUGCUACUCCAGCAAAAGCAGGCAUGAGUAGCAAAAGACACAUUCCAGAAGCUCACCAAGCCACUUUAUUAGACAGUAAACAAGGAAAAGUAAACCUGUCUUUUGCUAGCAAAGCAACAGACAUGAUCAUAGGAAAUGAGUGUGUUAGCAAAGAAGGUAGUUUGAUGGACAUGACCCAAAAAAGUGACAUGAGUACAGAGCCCAUCUUAAAGCAGAGAUGUAUAGCUACAAUAGAAAGUGAAAAGAUGGGUGAGAUUGAGCAUGUGGUAAGCAUGAAUACAGAAAGGGGUGCUGAAUCUGUUGAAUGUAAUCAAAAUACAGGUGACAUAAUAAACAUGUCAGUUGAUGGUGACAAAAGGAAUGAGAACAAUGAGGUAGAUACCAGUGCUGGAGAUGCUGCGCCUUCUGUGUCCCAUCCAAGGGAUGGAAAGACGGAGAAUGCUGCAGGUGGAUCUGUCAGGACAAAAAAGACUUCUGUUGCUUCCAGUAGUGAUGGGAAGGACAACAGUGUCACCUUCAAUCCACUCAAGGCUGGAAAUGUUGCUUCCACUUCUUCGGAAACACAGGAGAGUGAGGUGGCCUUGCCUUGCACCAGCAUCGAGGCAGACGAAGGCUUCACGAUGGGAGCGUGCCGGAGAAGCAAUCAAGUUCAGAGUGGGUCCGAAGCCAGUGAAAGCACCGUGUUUGCUGCAGCUGAAGAAGGUGGGGGUGUUGUCACAGAAGGAUUUGCUGAAAGUGAGACUUUCCUCACCAGCACCAAGGAAGGAGAAAGUGGAGAGUGGUCUGUGGCAGAAUCUGAAGAUAGGCCAGCAGAGCCAGUGGCUGCACAUAUAGUUAAAGCUGAAGCUAAUGUGAAUAGAGUUGUAAGUGAGGAAAAAGAUGAUGCUGUAACUAGUGCCGGCUCUGAAGAAAAAUGUGGUGAUUCUUCCAAUAGAGCCUCAGAAAUAGUGGAGGAAGCCAUCGCUUUCAUCAGUGAAGUUGAAAGUGACGGGGCAGUUACUAGUGCUGGGACCGCGGUCAGAGUGGGAUCCGUCAGCAGUGAAGACGUCGAUGAGUCCCAGGGAAAUAUGACAAGAAUGGGUCCUAAAAAGGAAACAGAUGGCACUGUAACAUGUACAGGAACACAAGGUAGAAGUGAUAACUUUGUCAUCUACUCAGUAACAGGGGCAGGACCUCAGGAGGAACGUGUGGUUACAGGUGCCAGUGUGGUCCUGGUAGAUAACGUGUUGCCCCCUGGAACUAGCACCGCCCAAGACGGAGAUGGCUCUGUGAAUGAUGGCACAGGAGAGAGUGCCGUCACCAGCACAGGAAUCACGGAAGAAGAUGGAGAGGGGCCAGCAAGCUGCACGGGUUCAGAAGAUGGCAGUGAAGGUUUUGCGAUAAGUUCUGAAUCAGAAGAAAGUAGAGAGAGUGCAAUGGACAGCAGAGCGGCCAAGGAAGUCACCGAUGCCCUGUUAGUUGCCCCUGGUCCGUGUGAUGAUGAGGGCAUUGUGACCAGCACAGGUGCAAAAGAGGAGGAUGAUGAAGGGGAGGGUGUUGUGACUAGUACUGGGAGAGGGAAUGAAAUUGUCCAUGCCUCAACUUGCACAGGGAUUGGAGAAGAAAGUGAAGGAGUGCUGAUUUGUGAAAGUGCAGAAGGGGACAAUCAGAUUGGUCCUGUAGUUCACAAGGUGGAAGCUGAGGCUGGAGCAGCCAUCACAAAUGCAAACGAAAGUAGUGUUGACAGCGUGAGUGAUGCUGAGAAGGAAAGCAAAGACCCGGAGAUCUGCUCCAGUGCGAAAGGGCUUGUGGAAAGCAGUGUGACCAGUGCAGUCACAGGAAAGGGCGAAGUGAUGCCAGUUCCAGGAGGCUGUGAGGAUCCCAUGACAAGUGCAGUUUCUGAUCAAAGUGGUAGUCAGAUCACCAGGGAAGAAAAGAUGGAAGACACCACCAUUUCCACUGGCGUGGUUGGGGGCAGUUAUGACGUAGUAUCUGGUGCAGUCCCAGAAUGUAAAGUUGACCACACAUCACCAAGUGGAAAAGCAGAUGAGGGCAUCAUCACCUCUGUUGAGAAUGAAGAGCGUGCUGGGCUCAUGGCCGCUACCGCCACUGAGGAUCUUCCUCACCAAAAGAGCCUGGCUGGCGGGGACAGGCAAAGCAAAGGCUUACUGAUUUCCACCAGUACAGGUGAUUACACCCAUCAAUUAAGUGCAGUGGUUGACGUGGGCCUAGGUCACUCAAGUACUCUGAGAGCUGAAGAAAAUAUAGAAGGUCACAGAAUUAAUUUGGAAGAAUUUGAGGCUCCCAUGCCCAGUGCAGUUUCAGGAGAUGAGAGCCAACUUAGUGCUGACAGAAAUGAGGAGAAGGAUGAGUGUGCCAUGAUUUCCACAAGCAUCAAAGAAUGUGAAGUGCCUAUUUCCAGUGCAACAACCGUCACAGGUGUUGAGACUCAGCUGCCAGUGGCAGCAGCAGAAGAGCGAGCUAAAAGCCCAAGCUCUGCAGGUGCUGAUGACCUUGAGGUUCCUACUCCCAGUGCACCCGCAGAAGUGGAAAGUCCUCUUGCCACAACCAGCAAAGAGGAAAAAGAUGAAUGUGCCCUGAUUUCCACCAGCAUAGCAGAGGAAUGUGAAGCUUCUGUUUCUGGGGCCGGUGUUGAAGGGGAAAGCGGGAGUGCCGUUAUCUCGACCAGCUCUGGGGAAGACUGCGAGGGUCCCGUGUCCAGUGCCAUCCCUCAGGAAGUCCAACCCUCGAUCACACUAGCAGAAGAGAUGAGUGACUUAGCCAUGAUUUCCACAAGUACAUCUGAAGGAUGCGAGGCAGUUAUGAUUGGCACUGCCACCCGGGAUGAAGACCAGGCCACCUCUGCGAGAGUGGAAGACUUGAGUGAUGCUGCCAUCAUCUCUACCAGCACGGCGGAGUGUGUGCUCGUGCUUGCCAGGAUAAACACACACAGAGACCAUCAGCUGGCUGCAAACAACCCAGAAGGAAGCAACAACCUGUCAGCUACCAUGGUGAGCAAAUGUGAGGUUCCUCUGCCCAGCCUCAUUGCUGAAAACAGCUGUCGAUGUCCUGAGCCAUUCACAAGAGGCAAAGAAACAGACCCCACGAUGGCACUGAGCACCAAGAGAGAAUGCGGGAGACCAGCGUCGCUCCAUGAGCCCUCUGCCGGAGCAGGGCAUCCGAGUGCUAUGUGUACAGGACAAGGACGACAGGAGUGUGCCUUGUGCCCCAAAGCUACAAAAGAGCAGAAUGUUGUAGACAGAGGCCCAGAGGCGGAGUUGGCAGGGGGCAGGAGCACAGCUGAGUGUUCAGCAGGAAAGGACUUAGAGAGGAGUGCAAACUCUCCAAGACAUCACAGAGAACCACAGCAGGUGUCUGCCCAGACACCCGAGGAGCCAUCUGUCAGGACUCAAUGUUUGGCAACAGAAAAUACUGGUGCUCAAAGAACUGACAGUGUGCCACCUGUCCAAGACAAUGUAGCAGAGGAUUCCUCUGAUCCUGUCCAGCAGGAACCCGAGAAUAGCCUGAAAUCCACUACGGAUUGUAUUAUUGGGCAAGAGUCAAAGAUGGUUCCUUCUCACACGGAGAUCCUUCCAGCUGUGGCCGUGCCUCCAUGUGAGCGGGACUUGACUAUGGUGAGCGAUUCCAGUAACGGAUGGACACAUCAGGCCCCUUCCAAGAGAGAUGGAGAUGGAAGCAGCUCGAGAGAAUCAUUCCAUGAGGAAGGACACCUCAACGUCACCGUUUCUCCUGAAGACAAUUUGGAUGACAGAGGCCAGGAAGAGUCUCCAUUGGAUGUUCUGAGAGAAUUGGGACUGAAAACCAACUUAAAAAAUGAGACAUUUAUGCCUUCAGAAGAAGAGAAAAGUCAAGAUAAUCUAAUACCAGGAGAAAGUCUCUACAAGGAAGAAGAAAGUGGAAUAGCUAAACUACAAGAUGAGUCACUUAAUGUCGAAAAUUCAGGCCCAAGAGCAGACGAAGAUAUGCAUAGCAAAUCUUGCAACAAAGGAGAGAUAUUUGAUAGAAAAGACAACACCGAGAUUGUAAGAAGUGACAGUGUUGAAGCAAGUCCUGAAGAGGUCGAAGAGGAAGAAAGGCAAAUGCUGAAAAGAAAACCAAAGAAGCAUUAUCCCCCUUCAGAAGAUGAAUUGGAUGAUAAUUCAGAUAUCCUGGAUUCUACCAAAAUGGAAACAGUAGAGAGGCAAUGUUCUGAAACCAACCCACAAAACGCAAAGGAAGAGAACUCUGGAGAUCUAGAAGAAUCCCCUCAGAUGAGCUGUGAGCCGCAGAGCACUGCCUCAAUGGCUGUGGAGGAAAAGGAUGAAUUUAGCAAUAGCGAAGCUGCCAGCGAAAAGACGGAGCAGAAUGAAGAGGACAGCUUCAAAUCUCAGGAGGAAGAUCAGCCAGUAGUUAUUAAAAGAAAAAGAGGAAGACCUCGUAAAUACCCUAUAGAAACAGCAUUCAAAGCAAAAGAUGACACCAAGACAGAUGCUGGCAUAGCUCCUGUAGAACAAUCUCCACCUAGUGGCAAACUGAAAGUAAUGGCCCCAGAUGAGUCCAGUAAAGAGGCAGCUCACCUCCAUGAAAGAAAUAUAAGCACGGAUGAUGGCGAAGAGAAAAUGGCGAGUGUCCGUCGGAGGGGAAGAAAGCCCAAACGGUCGCUCACGCUGUCAGAUGAUGCGGACUCAUCAGAGCCAGAAAGAAAACGCCAGAAAUCAGUUUCUGAAGGAAUUGAGGACAAAAAAGAUCAGGAUUCUGAUGAGGAAGAGGAAGAGGAGGAAGAGGAUGAGCCCUCGGGAGCUACCACAAGGUCCAGCACGAGAUCUGAGGCCCAGAGAAAGCAUCCUAGUGAGCCAUCGCCACGUGCAGCAUCCAAACUUGGCAACCCAGAAACAAUUUCUCCUAGAAAUCACCAAAAAUUAGCAAAACAGAGGUUAUCCACCAGGAAAAAAGUUAGUGAGACUCCCCCAUUAGGAAGAUCAAAAACACAGCUCUCUCCCUCUACAAAGCGCAAGAGAGAAGUCAGCCCUCCUGGGGCCCGAACCAGAGGCCAGCAGAGGGUGGAGGAAGCCCCUGUGAAGAAGGCGAAGCGGUAAUCCUGGCCACUGGCAAGAAAGGGACAGGCCCCCGUGGCCACCGGUGCCCUGACGAGAAAGGGACA